AUGGCGCCGUCUCCAAGAGGCAGGAAGACGACUGGCGCAACCGCUGGUCCAUCCUCGGCCGCGCGCAAAUCCACAUCAUCAACAGCAGCAGGGAAGAGACCCGCGGCAAAAACCACAUCAAAUGUACAGCCCGGCGACCCAACACCAACGGGGAAAAGGCGCCGCUACAAGCCGGGCACUGUGGCUCUCAAAGAGAUCCGUCGCUACCAACGAUCCUACGAUCUUCUGAUCGCAAAACUUCCCUUUGCGCGUCUCGUCCGUGAAGUUGCGCUCGACUUACUUCCCGCCGACGUGGGCGCUGAACUACGCUGGCAAUCACAUGCGAUUCAGGCCUUGCAAGAAGCCGCCGAGGCCUUCAUGGUGCAUCUAUUUGAAGACACGAAUCUAUGUGCGAUUCAUGCGAAGCGUGUGACGAUCAUGCAAAAAGACAUUCAGCUUGCGCGGAGAAUCCGUGGGGUAUGGGGUGGCCUGGGCUGA